GUGUCCGGUCACGUGCGCGGGAGCUUCCCGGCGAAGGGGGCUCGGGAUCUGGGAGCGGUGGCCGCGAUGCGCGUGAAGGUGCUGAGCCGGAACCCCGACGACUACGUGCGCGAGACCAAGUUGGACCUGCAGCGCGUUCCAAGGAACUAUGACCCUGCAUUGCAUCCAUUUGAGGUUCCACGAGAAUACACAAGAGCUCUGAAUGCAACAAAGCUAGAACGUGUGUUUGCAAAACCCUUUCUCAGCUCACUUGAUGGCCACAGAGAUGGAGUUAAUUGCAUGGCCAAACAUCCAAAAAGUUUGUCUACAGUGCUGUCUGGAGCUUGUGAUGGAGAGGUUAAAAUUUGGAACUUGACCAGACGACAGUGCAUUCGUACUAUACAAGCCCAUGAAGGCUUUGUUCGAGGCAUGUGUGCCCGUUUCUGUGGUACAUCAUUCUUCACGGUUGGUGAUGACAAAACUGUGAAGCAGUGGAAAAUGGAGAGCCCGGAAUAUGGAGAAGAAGAAGAACCUAUUCAUACAAUUCUUGGAAAGACAGUGUAUACAGGAAUUGAUCACCACUGGAAGGAACCUGUUUUUGCCACCUGUGGCCAUCAAGUGGACAUUUGGGAUGAACAAAGGACGAGUCCCAAGUGUUCUUUGACUUGGGGUUUUGAUAGUAUUAGCAGUGUAAAAUUUAAUCCCAUUGAGACAUACCUUUUGGGAAGCUGUGCUUCUGACAGAAAUAUUGUGCUAUAUGAUAUGAGAAAAUCAACUCCAUUAAAGAAGGUUAUCUUGAACAUGAGGACAAAUACACUGUGUUGGAACCCCAUGGAAGCUUUCAUUUUUACUGCAGCAAAUGAAGAUUACAACUUAUAUACUUUUGAUAUGCGCUAUCUCGAAUCACCUGUGAUGGUGCAUAUGGAUCAUGUGUCUGCUGUUCUUGAUGUGGAUUAUUCACCCACUGGGAAAGAAUUUGUGUCUGCCAGCUUUGAUAAGUCUAUCCGCAUUUUUCCUGUAGACAAAGGUCACAGCAGGGAGGUAUAUCAUACCAAACGAAUGCAGCACGUCAUCACUGUAAAAUGGACUUCAGAUAACAAAUAUAUUCUGUGCGGCUCAGAUGAGAUGAAUAUUCGCCUGUGGAAAGCCAAUGCUUCUGAAAAACUGGGAGUGCUUGCACCACGAGAGAAGGCAGCUAUGAAUUACAAUCAGAAGCUGAAGGAGAAGUUCCAGUUUCACCCACAGAUCAGGCGCAUUGCUCAGCACCGUCACUUGCCCAAGAGCAUAUAUUGCCAAAUCAAGGAGCAGCGCAUCAUGAGAGAGGCUCGUCGGCGAAAGGAACUGAAUCGUCGCAAGCACAGCAAACCGGGAUCUGUGCCAUUUGUGUCAGAGAGGAAGAAACAUAUUGUGGCGGUAGUGAAAUAAUUGUUUUCUCAUGUACAAAAUGUCACAAUGAAAGAAAAAUGUCACUAUUGAAUGGAUACACUGUACAAAAUUUGAUGGACAUUGGUAAGACAGCAUAUGGCUCCAGGAACGUGGCUUUUCUUCAACUUUACACAUCCUCUGACUUCUGAAGUCAUCAUCUGCUUUGGGUACUUAUGAGAAUUAGCACUGUAAUCUUUCAUUGCCAUUUGUCUGUCUGACGUUACUGCCCCAACACUGUGUAUUGCAGUGGAGUUUGACCGUUUUGAUACAAGCAGAUAACUUGACGGAGAAUGUCUGUAGUUCCUGUCUUAUUCCUUGGUACUGUUACUACAAAAAAGGAUGAAAUAGAUUCUUAUUUAUCAAAGCAAAAAAACCCUUGUUUCCUACAGACUUAUAAAAUCGAUUCUCCUUGUGCUGUCUGGUUUUUAAUUUUUAUUCAAACAAAUUUAAUAAAGAAAACAAGUGACCUUAAGGCAUUGGACUAGUUCUUGAUUAUUCCAACUGAACAAAUAUCCUGCAUUAUACUUCUUACAUACAAUAUAUUAUCUUUCUUUUAUCCAGAAGGAAUUUUGCAGUAUUUUCUGACAUCUGUAAACAUAAUUUUUUUCUGUCUUCUUAACUAUUGUUAUAUAACUUGGCAAACUUCAGACUGUUAAGUUCCUAAAAUUGACAAUGAUAUAGUUGAAUAAUUUUUUCUCUUUAACUUAUUUAAAACUUCUAAAAUCUGGAUAAAAGAUAACAUAAAUUGUAUAAACCACAGAAACUUCUUUAGAUGAGAUUUAUCAUAAGCCUUCUAUUUUAAGUUUAUAGAAGAAAAAUAGAAGUUUCAUGCUUCACAAGGUAGGUACCUGUAGCCCAAACUUCCUCUACUGUUUGUCUGGGAAAUGUUCUGCUUCUCUUCCUGUGGGAUAAACUUAACUUUACUGAAGAUACUAAGGUGAUCAGAAAAUGAUGCUGGAAUUCAACUAGGCUUUCUAGGAUGAAAGCUUUCUCUUUCAAACAGAUGAGAUAUGUAAUAACAAUAAUUUUGCUUAACAUCUUUUGUACAGAAGGAUCUUCUUUAACCUUUGCACUAUGGUGCAGUCUGUAACAACACUCUCCCCACCCUGAGUUUAUGCACAAAAAAUAAUUAAAAUUAUGAACUCGAUUAUAAUAAACUUUAUACUUUUAAACCUUUUUUUAGCCUGGAAAUUGAGCACUUCGAGUACUUGCCUUCCUGUAGUAUCCUGUUUAAUAUAUCUACUGACACUAAUCCAUAUGCAUUUCUAGUUCUUGCUCUUUCACUUGUCUCUUGCAGUAUUGUUUGGGCAAGAUUCCUGAAUCAUCAUAGCAAAAUUAUGGCUCUUUGGUGAUAAGAGGCCAUAAUGUAUCUUUACUCUCUGGACCACUUACCUUAUGGGAUGAUGCAGGAAGAGAAGCAAAUCUGAAGAGCUAUAAGUAGGAUGAUGAGAAGGAGUGGAACAGAUCAGGGAAUAGACUGAUGCUGGCUGUGUGCCUGUUGUACUAAUAUAGUGCACUCUGUGCCAAAUACAGUUUAUUUCCUUCCUAAAAUACUGAAAAAAUUGAGGGAGAAUAUGCGGUCCAAAGUAUGGCUUGUGACACAGCUGUAGUCAAGUCUUGCACAAUUUGCAAAACCAGACUAAUCUUCUAAAAUGUGAUUAAAAAUUUUCAGCUUUGUCAGUUUAGCUUGAGUUGAAGUAGUUGGUUCUUGAUUUGUUGAGUCAUGAUACCUCUGGUUUGAGCAAGGCCUGCUCCUUUGAAUUUAUGAGCUUUGGUGCAGAACUCUGAAUGUAACGAGAGCUUUCAUUUCCAAAGUUUGGUUAUGGUGUGAUAUUGAUGUGAGCAGUAUGGCAUGAGCUAUGGCCAAAGGAUCUCGUUAUGUUCCAAGACCGUUGUGCACAGUUGCUUUCAGACAGGACCCAAGUGGUGCAACUCAGAGGAGCAGGGUUGGCUAAAAAUUGCUAGAAAGGUUGUAACAGCAUGCUGAAAAAAGGAAUUUUAAAGUUAGGAGGGUACUUGGAGUCUGUGCAUUUGGUUAUGAAUUCCUUUUCCAACUUCAGUGGGUGAGGUCAUACAUAGAGAUCUGUCUUGGCAUCAAGUAGGGUACCCUCAGCAUUCCAG